AUGAACCCAAACACCCCCUUCGACCCGCAAUCGCUCCUCAAGAAGCCCACCCGCGCCGACCCGUGGGCCCGCAUAGAGACAUGGCGCUACACAGGCCCCUUCACGCGCUGGAACCGCUUCAAGGGCGCCUUCCCCGGGCUCGGCAUCGCGACGGUGGCGUUCGCGGGAUACUGUGCGUAUGAGGCUGUGUUUAUGAAGGAGGAGAAGCAUCAUGGGGAGGGGCACCACUAG